ACCUUAUCAUUAUAUUGCCUUAAUCCAUCUUCCUCCACACAUAAGCUCGGACCAACUUCUCUCUAAACAUCCCAGAAACAUUUCAUCCUCCUUCUCUCUUCAUUUCUCAACCCCAAAUCAUCAACCCAUCUUCAACCAUAACUAAUCACUUUCUCAUCCAAGAUUAAGUCAAGAUUAGCAUCAAAGCUCCAAGGAUUGUCAUCUAUCACAAGUUUGAUCUUCCUUAUCUCAUUAAAUCUUGUACUUUAAUCAUGUAUUCAUCUAUUUCUAUGUUUCCCAACAUGUAUAGCUAAAUAAAUUUGGGGCUAGAAAUUGGUUAAUUAAUUGUUCUUAUCAUGUUUUAAUUUGUAUUGAUUUUAAUUGUUAAGUUUGUUCUAUUUAGAUUGUUGUGUCCAAAAAAUUAAUUAUAUUGUGUUUGUGAUAUAUAUUAUGAGUACUCAAUCAUAAACAUAUUGUUUGUUAAAUACACAAAUGAACACUUUCUGAACACACCGUUAAACUUCUUUUACCUUGUCCCGGAUUGAAGUUUUACGGGAGAAUUUAAUUAUUUAAUUAUAUUAUUUACACCACGGGGUUGGGUAAAUAAUAUAGUUAAUAAUUAAGGUUGUCGUUGCACUUAAACAACUAGUCUCGUUUUGGCCAUCACUGGAAAAUGUUGACUAGUUACUUAUUUUAGGUGACUUGUGUUGGGUCCUAAAAUAUUUAUCUACAACUUCUCACAAUCUAUCUAAGAAUAAAAUUAGCAAUUAUGUCUUACAAAUGAGCAUUGAACAAUUAGUUGCCAAUUUCUACCCCUACUUGCUAUUGGUUGAACUUUGUGUUGAUAAAAAUCUCUUCUCUCAAUCACUUUUAUUUAAUUACUUUUCCAAGCAAACAAAAAUCAAAAGAAACGCAUUCCCAACUUUAAUCCUUAGUUUGCGCUUAAUUAUUUUAUUUCCCGCUUCUCUGUGGUUCGACACCCUACUUCCUUGGGUAAAAAAAAUAGUUGUGUGCCCAUUAUAUGCUACACACCAACUUGGCGCCGUUGCCGGGGAAGCGGUUUUGAAAAAAAAAUUGAGAGCAUAAACUUUCGAUUUUAGUUAUUGUAAAUUGUGUGUAUAUUAUUUUGUUGUUAUCUUUUUACCUUUGCAAGUAAAAAAAAAGUGAUUAAUUAAAGUUCAAAAAAAAAUAAAAAAAAAAAAUAAAAAAAAAAUCGAAAAAAAAAAUGGACUGUGAUUAAUCAUCUUACCUGAGCAUUGGAGUUGGACUUGUUGACUGAACAUAUCUGGACAUUCAGACCAUUGAACAUAUUUUUACAUUUUAAUUAAAAGGAUACUCCGCAUAUAUGGUCGGACCGCUUACUUGUACAUUAUAAUUCAAAGGAUACUCCGCCUAUAUGGUCGGACCGUUUAUUUUUCUUUUUAUGGUGGUUCAAACCCCAACUUUUUAAUUUCUGCACUUUAAUUAUCGCAAUUUAAUUUGUGCACUUAUAUUAUCGCAAUUUAAUUUCCGCACUUUAAUUUCAGCAUUUUUUUUAAAUUUUGCAUCCCCAAGCUUGUAGGCCGUGUCCACUUGUUGGUGGAGUGCACUUUUUAUUUUUAUUUUUUUUUCUUAAUAAUCCCCAGACUGUCGGCAUAGCUGCAUCUUGGUGGAGACUGUAUUUAUUACUGUAGCUAUUUUUUUUCUUCCCUCAAAUCACCAUAUCUGUCGGCCUAGCCGCAUCCUGGUGAAUUACUGUAUAUAUUCAUACUGCUUUAAGGGCUCACUAGUCUUAUUCGGUUUAUACCAAUUGACUACGUGCGAACCUUAAUUAAUUAAUUAAUUCCGCAUUUAUUUUUUCUUUUCAUCUCUCUCUCUCUCUUUCCCCAAUCCCAAUUCCCUUCUGCUUAUGCUCACACGUUCACGUGGUGCGAAUUGUGAAUUGUUAUUCUUCUCUGACAUUGAAAAGCACAUACGUGAACAGAAAAAAAUAAAAAAAAUGUCAAACGAUAUUGUUGUUAAUGAGCAGGUACCCGAUCAACAAAUCGUGGAUCAGGUUAUGAGGACCAGAAAACCGCUGUAUGAUUAUGUUACGCCUCCCGUGGAUGAGCAUGACAUUGUUAUUCCACCAGAGGUUAACAUGAAUCACUUUGAAAUCAAGCCUGCUAUCAUUCAUAUGGUUUCAAAUACUCAAUUUGGCGGAGCGCCAACGGAGGAUCCAAAUAAUCACAUCACAAAGUUCCUUCGAGCUUGCAACACCUUCAAAAUCAAUGGUGUGCCAACUGAUGCUGUCAAACUACGCCUGUUCCCAUUCUCUCUACGAGAUCGAGCUCAGAGUUGGCUUGACUCUUUUCCGGAUAAUCACUUCUCCACUUGGGAUCAACUUCAUGGUGAAUUUCUCAAAAGAUUUUCCCCCCCAUCUAAAACGGCGAAAAUCCGAAGAAUGAUUCAAAAUUUCAAGCAAAAUCCCAAUGAGCCCCUCUACGAGGCUUGGGAAAGAUUCAAAGAUCUUCAGCGACAGUGUCCACAUCAUAACAUCCAAAACUGGCACUUGAUGACAGCUUUCUAUGAAGGCCUACAUGAAAAUUCUCGGAUACUCGUGGACGCGUCAGCAAAUGGAUCAUUCAUGUGCCUGGAACUUGAAGAGGCAGAAGAAUUGAUGGAGCGUAUUUCAUCAAAUGGAUCAACAUGGUAUUCUGAGCGAUCAUCUGCUCCACCAAAAAUCGGAGGCAUGUAUGAAGUUGAUCAAAUGUCGGCCAUAACCACAAAGGUCGAUAGCAUGAUGAAUCUUAUCCAAAAGAUGGCACAAGUCUCUCUUGUGCAAAACUCAACAUCAACUCCAGCUCCCAUUCCCGUUCUUAUGUGUGAAUCUUGCGGUGGACAACACAAUCAGUCUACUUGUCCAUGGGAAGCAAUGGAACAAGUUGACUAUGUCAACUACAACAGGCAGCCCCAACAAAAUCAAUUUGGUAAUUUCAAUCCUCAAGGAAGAAACCAUCCCGGUUUUUCCUGGAGCAAUCAAAAUGGAGCUGCUAAUCCACAACCAUCUUACCGGAGUGCACCACCCGGUUUCCAAAACCAACAACAGCAAUUCAGAGGUGGCCAAGGUAUUGUGAACCAGCAACACUAUAAACCCACUCAGAAUCUUCCAUACCCUUCAAAUCAACAGCAAAAACCACUUCUCCCCACUCCUGAAACAACCCAAACUCCUGUCUUAGAAAACAUUGUUGACCAACUUCUCAAGUCCCAAUUAUCUCAAGCUGAAACCCUGAAACAAAUCACCGAAGAACUUGGUCAACUUCGAGCUCACAACAAGAUGCUUGAGAAUCAAAUUGCUAAUCAAGCAUCCACAUCAUCAACUAAGGUGACAGGUAAGCUUCCUGCUUAUCCUGAAAACCCUAGGGAGCAAAUCAAUGUCGUCACUACUCGGAGUGGGAAACAACAUCAAUCCUUUCCCCUUUCUAGUGAUGAACAAGAACAUGAAGUGUUGGAGGAAAGGGCCGAGCAACAACAGAAAGGUGGAAACAACAACAAUGAACUUGAUGUCGGUACCAUGCCGAAAUCAUCUGAUGAUCGUGAAGGGUCGAAGAAAGAAAAAAGCAGUUUGGUAAGGAAAUAUAUUCCCCCAGUUCCUUAUCCGAACAGAUUGAAGAAAGCUAAUAUGGAGGAGCGGAGAACUAAAUUUUUGAAUGUUAUCAAACAGAUGGAUAUCUCAAUUCCUUUGCUUGAUGCCAUUACAGAAAUUCCUUCAUAUGCUAAAUUUCUCAAAGAUGUUCUCACAAAGAAGAAGGAGAAUCCAGCCACUGUUGCAAUGAGCCAAGAAUGUAGUGCCAUAAUCCAAAAUAAGAUCACACCCAAGUUACAUGAUCCUGGAAGCUUCUCAAUUCCAUGUAUCAUUGGUGGAUCUAAAGUUAACAAAGCUCUUUGUGAUCUUGGUGCAAGUGUUAGCUUAAUUCCUUACUCACUAUGUCAAAAGCUACACUUGGGGGAUCCCAAACCAACAACAAUGGCAUUACAAUUGGCUGAUCGAUCUGUCAAAUAUCCUAUUGGCAUUCUUGAAGAUGUUCCUAUCAAAAUUGACAAAUAUUAUAUCCCAGGAGACUUUGUUGUCUUGGAUAUGGAAGAAGAUGCCCGAGUUCCUGUUAUUCUCGGGAGACCCUUUCUAGCUACGGCAGGAGCAAUUAUAAACGUCAAAAAAGGCACCCUUAUCCUUGAGAUUGGGGAUGAUAAGAUCGAAUUCAAUAUAAAAGAGCUGAGUAAGGAUACACCAUGUGUCCUUGAUGGUUACUAUGCUGAUGUUAUAGACUCUUGUACUACUAAUACAUUUGAUGAGUCAUAUCAGCUUUCUAAAGAUCCCAUGGAGUACACCAUACGAGAAUCUAUUGCAGAUGAGCAAGCCAAUGAAAUGGUGAAUUUAUGUCUCGAAAUUUUGCAAAGCAUAUGUUUACUGAUGCCUAAAGCACUUAAAUUUGAAGUGCUUAAUCUUGAAGAUCAAUCCUUGAAUAUCAAAGGAAAACCACCCAAAGUGAGAGACAAAAGGCAACUUCUGUGUAUUGCCUCACUGCUCCGAAAUAUGAAUGAAGAGGCAUGGGUCAAGCUAAUGACCUUAAACGAGCGCUUCUUGGGAGGCAACCCAAGUUUGUAAAUUUAAAAAAAAAAACAAAAAAAAAGCAACAAAAAAAUGUCUAGAUUUUUGUUUUUGGACUCUAAAGGGGCCACAUCCGCUCGAAAAGACAUCUCAACAUCAUCCGUCCGCAAUUCAGGGAAGUUUUCUUUACACUCCUUUAAUUUAUUUUCCACUGAGGACAGUGCAAAUUUUAAGUGUGGGGGAGUGGGUAGUUCGACCCUAAUUUCUUGUGUGAAUAUUUUUUCUAUUUCCUUGCUUGUUUGUGUGAUUUUAUUUUCUUUUAUUUUUAUUUUUGUGUGUUUGUUUGGAAAAGUAAAGACUAGUCUUGUCCAAAAUACAACAAUAGACAAACAACACAUUAGUUUACACUUUUUGUUACUAGUUACUUCCAUAACUUUUUAAAAUUAUUCAUUCACCUCUUUUGACGAAAUGUGGUUUGAGUUUGAGAAGUGUCACUAUAAUUUUUUGAGAGUAACUUAGUAUUAGCUUUGAACUUGAUUCUUUUUAACACUUUAACAUUAAACACCUUAGAUUUUAUUUUUCCAAUUUAUUGGUUAAUAGUUGAAUUAGUGAAAGUUUAUGCAGAUUAAGAUGUUCUUACAUUUAUUCUCCUUGAAAUUUUAUUUGAACUUGACACAUUUAGAAAUGAUUUAGGCCAUCUUUGUUUACCCAUGAAGCCAAACACUAUCCCUUUGUAAAUAAAUAACACUUUCCAUAGUAAUCUCGUUCGAGCCUUUUCAGUGUACAAGUGUAAAAUAUCUUACUUCACUUGUUACUAAUUCUUUUUUAUUUGUAACCUUGUAAAUACAUAACCUUCUGAAGCCCUAUCCAAAGUUAAUCUUUUCUAAUCCUAGAGUAGAUUGUCUUGUUACUUGAGAGUAAAUAAAUGGAGCUACUAUUAAGUGUCAUAUGAGUGAAGUACAGAUUUGUUUGUAAAUUUUGGGGUUAGUUUUUCAUUGUAAUGUUCAGUGUGUGCCCUCUUUGAAAAAAAAAAUCAAAAAAAAAAGAAAAAAAAAGAGGGAAAAUUGAAAGAAAAAAAAAAAAAAAAAAAGAGGCACAUUGAAUUCUUGUUGUAAUUUCUUUUGUAAAACUCCAUUUUUUACUUUUCAUGUUUAUAUUUCUCAUUGUUUUGUAUGCUCCAAGUUUUUGUAAAUUCUUGUGAUGAUCCGCUCAGUAUUAGUACAAUCUAACUCUCUCUGUAUAUUCUUACACCAAACUUUCCUUCCAACUAGCCACACUCAUUAAUCUCGUCACUCACCGAAAAAGGUCCUAAUUGAUCUAUUUGUGUCAUUUUUUGAAUUUAGCGGAUUGGAGAAACUUGUUCUGCAUAACCCGAACUAAUUUAGAUCUAUAGGUGUUUGUGUUAAAAAUUUGAUUUGAAAAUCUUAGUGAUAGGCAAUAAUACUCCGUUUACUCUCAAUGCGUUAUUUUGUGACAUUUCAGGGUAUUGGACCGUUUAGUGGACAUUAGAGGUGGAUAUGUGAUUUAUUUAGUUAUGUUUGUAAAUCUUAUCAAAUUGUGUAUAUUUUUGUGUUUGUUUUUUGUUUUACUUGAGGACAAGCAAAAGCCUAAGUGUGGGGGAUUUGAUAUGGUUAUAUUUUACACACUUUUUAGGCUUAGUUUGUUGUUAAUUUUAGUUAUUAAAGUUGUACUUAUGUACAUAUUUUUAUUAUUUGUCGUUAAUUUGUAUUAGUGUGGUAUUAUGCGGGUAUUUUGUAUUUUCAGGUACUUUUGAUGCUAUUUUGAUACAUUAGAGUGAACAAAAGAAGAAAAUAAAAGUUCAAGUUGGAGGUCAAUAAAAGUGGAAUUUCCUUCAAAACAAAUAAGGAGUGAAUUGAAGAAAAGAAGCAAAAAUAAAAAUGGUGGAGCUGGGAUUCGAUCCCUAGAGAAAGGGUAAAGGAAUGUCUACUACAACCAGUGUGCUAAGUGAUCAAUGUUGUACAUAUUCAGCUGACAAUUUUUAUAUUCCUUCUGAUCGCGGCAAAGAAAAGAACAAAAUGUUGAAGCUGAGAAUCGAUCCAACGAUCUCCAAGUUUUCCACUGAAACGCUUGUCCAUUGAGCUACCUACCACUGUUGGAAUUUUACUGCGCUUUGUUGUACAUAAACUCAUCUGUUCCGUAAAUUCCAGCAAUUAAUGAUUAAUCACCUUAUCAUUAUAUUGCCUUAAUCCAUCUUCCUCCACACAUAAGCUCGGACCAACUUCUCUCUAAACAUCCCAGAAACAUUUCAUCCUCCUUCUCUCUUCAUUUCUCAACCCCAAAUCAUCAACCCAUCUUCAACCAUAACUAAUCACUUUCUCAUCCAAGAUUAAGUCAAGAUUAGCAUCAAAGCUCCAAGGAUUGUCAUCUAUCACAAGUUUGAUCUUCCUUAUCUCAUUAAAUCUUGUACUUUAAUCAUGUAUUCAUCUAUUUCUAUGUUUCCCAACAUGUAUAGCUAAAUAAAUUUGGGGCUAGAAAUUGGUUAAUUAAUUGUUCUUAUCAUGUUUUAAUUUGUAUUGAUUUUAAUUGUUAAGUUUGUUCUAUUUAGAUUGUUGUGUCCAGAAAAUUAAUUAUAUUGUGUUUGUGAUAUAUAUUAUGAGUACUCAAUCAUAAACAUAUUGUUUGUUAAAUACACAAAUGAACACUUUCUGAACACACCGUUAAACUUCUUUUACCUUGUCCCGGAUUGAAGUUUUACGGGAGAAUUUAAUUAUUUAAUUAUAUUAUUUACACCACGGGGUUGGGUAAAUAAUAUAGUUAAUAAUUAAGGUUGUCGUUGCACUUAAACAACUACUCUCGUUUUGGCCAUCACUGGGAAAUGUUGACUAGUUACUUAUUUUAGGUGACUUGUGUUGGGUCCUAAAAUAUUUAUCUACAACUUCUCACAAUCUAUCUAAGAAUAAAAUUAGCAAUUAUGUCUUACAAAUGAGCAUUGAACAAUUAGUUGCCAAUUUCUACCCCUACUUGCUAUUGGUUGAACUUUGUGUUGAUAAAAAUCUCUUCUCUCAAUCACUUUUAUUUAAUUACUUUUCCAAGCAAACAAAAAUCAAAAGAAACGCAUUCCCAACUUUAAUCCUUAGUUUGCGCUUAAUUAUUUUAUUUCCCGCUUCUCUGUGGUUCGACACCCUACUUCCUUGGGUAAAAAAAAUAGUUGUGUGCCCAUUAUAUGCUACACACCAUCACUCCUUCAGAAGCCCACGACUUCACAACGGGCACACCCCUCGGGAACACUCAGCCUUCAAACACAUUGAGGACCACGUAACCCCCGGGGAGCACACCAUCAUCAAAGGCUGCCCCCCACUCGUCAACAAACAACGGACCCCUCGACAGAACAGGAAAUAUCACCUACAUUCAACGCACCCUCAUUCUCAUGAAUUGGGGGCUCCCCUCCGGCAUCCCCCAGGAUAUCAAAAGCGAGCCUUCGGCAAAGCAACACACGCGCCUUUAGACAGGGAUAGCCUUCGGCAAAAAUAUUUCCACUCAUUUCCGACCAGGGUUUUACCUUUUCGACUCAUCAUUGGGGAAAUUCGGUGCACUCUUUUUCCCUCAUUGGAAUUUUUUCCCAUAGGGUUUUUUCCAUAGAGGUUUUUAACGAGGCAUCCCCCCAAAAUGAAACGAAAAGUGUCACCCCUCCGCUUCAGAUUGCAG